UUUAUAUUUGGCAAAAAAAGAGUUAAUGCCUGAUGAUGAAUCCUUUGUGCUAGGAAGCUUUUGGAUUGUGCCAUUAUCACUGCCGCCCAGGUGGAAAACUUCAGGUACUGUUCUGUUUAUAAGAAGAAUCACUAAAAAGAUCAUUCUCUUCCUUUCUGGCAGGUACCUUUAUAUCUCUUUUACUGAAAGGUCUGCGAAGACAUCCACGUUCUCAAAGAAAACAGGCAACUGCCUUUCCGUUUUCCAGGAAGAAAUUUGAGAGGACCGAUGAAAAGAAUUACUAAAUAACAUGAAGUGCUGGUCUGAUACUGGGCACAGACUCCUUACUAACUGUAAAAGUCUCUUGAUCCCUCCUCGCAGAGCACAUGGAACAGUCGGUCACUGGCUUGCAGCUGCCCAAACAGUAUCAUGGGAAUUGUUUGGAAAAAACAUCCCCUGGCUCCUAUCCCCAGCAGAACUGGCACUAUGCUCACCACUCAAGAGAUUGUCUCUUAAAAUGCUGGUCCAAACGUUAGUGCAUCCAUGGAGGAGAACGUGUGCUGACGGAGCCCGUUACUUUGAAGAAAUGGUUCUGCUGGUGGCAAUAGCAGAAGCGCUGUUGGUUCUGGGUUUGGCUGUGGAGACAGAUUCUCUCUGCUCACCCACUACCUUUUACAAGAACUGCUGGAUCCGACGCUUCCCAGGUCUCCUGAUUGACCUGCGGGAAUCGCAGAAGAGGGGAGCCCAGCUGCUGAAGAUUUCUGCAGAAGCCUCACCCCAACAGUGCAGCAGAACCUGCUGCCUUCUGAGGAACGUUUCUUGCAAUCUAGCAGUGUUUUACCAUGGCGCCAUUCAUGAGAAUAUGAAUUGCCUGCACGUGUCUUGCCCAGCAUUGGAAAGUUGCAUACUAAAGGCUCGAAUCAAUGUCAUUUUGUACAACAUCACAACAGGGAUUGAUCCAGAUCUUCUCAUCUUUGAAAAACUGACAUCCAAGGAGCCAAAUACUCAAUCACUGAGUAAAUAUGAAAGGCAAAACAGCACAAAGACCACUGAGUGGGAAAGAUGCCAGCAUCAUAAUGCCACGUCAAGUUCUCUUCUGCGCCAAGCUCCAUCUUCUACCACUAGCCAUGGCUUAACAGCAAACACUUACAUCUCCACCACAAGCCAAAAAACUGAAGUUACUACUUAUUCCAGGGCAGAAACAUUUCUCCCGGAUGAUCAUUUUGCUAAGAGCACAAGCACAACUUCAGCAAGCACUACAUCAAUCACCAGCUCAAACAAGAAGUCUGUACCCUCAACUUUGAUAUCUGAGUCUGCCAAGGUGUUUUCCCGCAUGCCCACUCCCCCUCGUCUGAACAGCAGUAAGCAACACUUAAAUGAAACCAAAGGCUACAGCGGUAGGAAUUAUACUUCAGAUAAUGAGGCAUCUGCUUGGGAAGCUGCAAAUUUGGGUGUCUGGUUGAUUCCUGUGGUUCUCUGCUCUUCUCUCAUCUUCCUUUGCUGUUGUACUGUUGCUUUCACAGCAGGACGUUGCAGCAAUAGGAGAGGUCAGUAUAAGCCCAUAAGGAGAGGAAGAACAACGUCGAGACAAUUCAUAAAAUAUACUACUGUCAAAGGUAAUUUGUAAAAUACUGUCACCAUCCUUGUUUUGGAACAAAUAGCUUUUAAAAAAUGAAUCGUAUAUACCAGCUUAUUUCUUUCACAGAACCGAAGAUAGUUUUUUUCAGUGAUGGUUUCAGAAUCUUUCAAGUUCUAAUUUAAUUCUCAACAGAUGAAAUACAAUUCUCCUGUCUCUUUAGGUAGGAGUACACAGUCAUAGCUCCUGCUGCAUGCUCAGAGGUGUUUGAGCACAUUUUGGUUCCCGUGACCCAGACUAAAGCCUGACAGUAUACACUUUCCCUGACUCAAGAGGGCAGAUUUACUGCAGCUCACGUAUCCUUUCCCCUGAGUUCGAACUAACCUGAGAAAAUGAUGUGUAAUCAGUAAAACUGACCAAUGUGUUAUAGUAUCAUAAAAUCGUUUAAUCAUCCUUUAAUCGCCUCAGAUCUCAUUGUUUGUAAAAAAACUGUCAAUUUUUCUCCGACUUCUAGAUUUACUUUUUCCCCUCAUUUAUCCCUAAUAUUGAGACAAUCUAGCCCGCACUCUUUACUUCUUAAAAAAAAAAACAAACCACCAGAAAUAACCCAAGUCCCCAAACCGACUGACUUCCAUUAACUCACACCCAAACAUCUGAUCAUUCAAUCUUCACACUUUACUUUCACCCCACUUCUCACUUCACCCUUCUGAUAACAAUCAUUUCAAAUGUUUUUCAAGUCCCUUCAGAAACACCUUCAGACUUAACUGCUUUUUUUGUUUGUUUUUGUUUUUACCCGCUCUGGUAAUGCACAUUGAGAAAUCCAUUCUGUUAUUGGCUAAGGAAAACACAAAUGCAGGUAACAUUUGUUCAUGCCUUACAAUUAGCAUUGAUCUGUGUUGUCCACCUUGGCUUGCUUUUUCUUGCCUACUCAUAUUUAUCAUUUACAUCAUCAGCUUUUUAGAACAGGGACAAGUCAUUUAAUGUAUGUUGCACAGGAAUACACAAAAUGUUUUGAAAGCUCUGUACGUGAGCUUUAUAAUUAAAACCCCCUUUUGUGUUUCCUCAUCCUGUAUACUCUAUUCAUGAGUGCUACUCGUGAAUAUAUAUCAAGUGACUAGAUCAACAAGGUAGCAAGGUAUUUCCUUGCCUUACCUUAGUCAGGAAGUUUGCUUAGCGAAGCAAACAUUUUUAACAGUAACCAGCAUUGUUUUCUUCCUCUUUUAAACUUGCUGACAUCUCAGAGUUUCUCACUUUCUUCACUUGCUCUAAGAAGUUUCUAUUUCCCAGGCAAGUGUAAAUGUUAUAAAAGGAAACAAUAAAAAAAUAAAACUGAUUGUCAUGUCUGUGUUGCAGAAAAUAAUUUUAAAACCAGUAAGAUUCAUGCAGUGUUCAAAGAGUGCACUGAUGGGGCUGUAAGGUCACAAGAACACCUGUUUAUAGUCGAGCAGGGACCUCUCUAACAUUAUAUUUUAGCCCACAUUGAUCAGCACUGUAGCUUGGAAAACUGAAGUUUAAAAAACCCUUUGUUUGCAGUAUUUGAUUGACCCUAUAUGUUAAUUUAUAUGAAUAGAAGAGAGACUGACACAGGAUAAGAACAUUUUAAAGGAGUGUGGUUAGUUAAUCAGUUGAAAUAGCACCAAAGAAAUUCCUUCUAUUUUAGCUAGAAAAAUUAGAAUUAGGUAAGAUUUAUUUUUAAGGUCCGUUCUAUGCUUAUAUAUAGUGAUACAAACUCUAGAGAGGUGCCCACUGCAUGAUGUACUUUAAAUUUGAACAAGCUGACUUUUACCAUCAAAGUGUACUUUCUUAAUUCAUCAUGUGGCUGAAUCUAGCACAUAAUUUAACUAUCACUAAAAAUUUCAGCUAAGAAUGAUGAGAACCUGAUGGCUCUUCUGAGUUAGAGGAAGUUGACAGGUAUUAUUUUCCAGGAUUUUAACACCAAAAGGAAAGGAACUAGGAGAAAGAUACUCUAUAUUGUAUCGAAGGACGAAUGUGGUGCUAUUGUAAAUAAAGAACAUAUGUCUCAUAUGAUAUGCUCAUCGUCUCAGGGGGAAUCCUCAAGGAUCUGACUCUGAAGAGUCUGACUCACUUCAUCAGGUAACAGAGGAGGAACUCAGUUCCUCAAAUUGUAGAUUACAGUGAUGGGCUUUAUAUCCUUUCUCCACAAUUUAUGCGGGGAAUGGUGAUGUGCACCAACACCAUCAAUGUGCUUUUUUAGUCUAGGAGCUGCAGGCCAUGUGGUUCAGGAUUCUCUUUGCACACUGCUCUAGCAACCAUUUUCUGUCUGUAGUUCCCCAAGUCUGCCUUUUUAACCUUUUUAAAAACGGGGGUUAUGUUUCCCCUUUUCUAAUGAGCAAGAACUUCGCUGGACUGCCAAAACUUCUCAAACAUGAUGGAUAGUGACUUAACCACUUCAUCUGCCAGUACCCUCAGGACCCAGAGAUGCAUCUCAUGGACUUGUGCACCUUCAGGUUCCUCAGAUGGUCCGCAGUUUCUCCAUCUCCAGAUUAGUGACUAUAGUGCACUUAAUAGUACCUUGUUGCUCCUUUGAUAUUUACCCUCGAUAUUAUGUUCUGUAGAAUCAUAUAAUGGAACCAGGACCUCAAUACUCACCAGAAAAGCCAGACUGAAGUGAAAAUUUAUAUCUGACCCAUGUGCAAAUGCUUCUGGGGCAGGAUAGAAUGACUAAAAUAUGUAAGAUCAUGUUCUGGAGAGUCUUCUUGGUUUGUUGGCAUAUAGAGAAAAACAUAGGAAGAAAAAGGGUUAGAUAAAACACAGUAGCAGAGUCACAAGAAAAUAAAUACAUACUUUUCAAGCACGAGGGAAAACAAGGAAUGUGUAGAAAGAUAGUUUGUCCAGAUAGCAUGUCCCUUUUUAGACAACUGUCCCUUUAUCCUUUAUAGGAUAUCAUUUUAUCCUUUAUAGGACUGCUUGUAGCAGUCUUAUGCAUGAAAACAGGGCAAAAAGUGUCAGCUCCAGUCAGGAGUAUAAAUAGUGCCCUGAAGACCAUGAGAUUAUCCGUAGGGGUUUACCGACUCUUCACACACAGCCAGUCACAUUCAGGUUUAGAGCUUGGUGAAGUUACUAGUUGUAACAUCUACUUUCCUUGCCAAAAACUGAAUUAUGUCUCUGUGCAGGCCUUCUUGCCUAAUCUGAGCAAGAGAUUAUGCUCAGCGUGUGACAGCCCUUCUUUAAAGGGCAAAAGUGCAACAGAACAUAGACAAACAACCUCAAGAAACUAUUUAGCGACACUUUGAACGUUUCACUUCACAACUCCGAGCACAGUUUACUAAAGACAUCUUAUGCCAGAGAUUACAGUAGUUUCUAGAUGCAAAAAAAUCAGCCAGAAUACUGACAAAGCAAGUUCUUUUCCAGCUUGACCAAGAGCUAGAUCUCAACCUUUCUUUGGAAUGUUUAUAUGGGAGAUAAAAGAAAGGUUACUCUCCUCAACAAGCACCAGUGAAACUAUGCAUCACAACUGUUCCAGAUGGCCAAGAACUUAACUCGUGUGAGUUUUUUUUCCAUUGGAGACAGCUUAUUUUUCCUUGCCGUAAGGAACUUACUUUUCCAGUUUGCGGGGGCAAGUGUUUGGAUUUGAAAUGAGACAUCUGCUACUUGGAGGUUGGAACAGUGACCGCAGAGAAGCACAUAUAGUAGCCUUCCUGCUCAGGUUUCAAUGUGUGAUGGACAGGGUUGCCUGAGGUCAGAGCUGUGAACUAGCUCCAUGUUCCUCUUGGCCAUAAAUACCAGUAAGAGAAUUACCUAUGGAGACAGCCAAUGCCUCUAGAUAUAAUGUGUGGUUUUUGGUCCUCCUUCCUUUUGAAUUUAUGCAGCAGGGGGCCUAGCCUGCUUCUUGAUUUAAGUGUUACCUAUCUACAUUUUGAUCUAAAAGCAACACGAGCGCUUCCAUUAAUAAGAACAUACAUACACACCUUAGUCAUGCAAUCACGUUAUAAUGUACAGAACACACUGGGAAGUGACGAUUGCUAAGUAUGUCCUUAUUACUGUGCUGGAGAGUGCUUAACCUCUAAGUCUAUUACUCUUUAACUCUUCAUAGCUUUUAAACUUCAGUGCAACUUUCCACUGAGGUGGCCUGCAAGAGUAUUAUAUGGGAAAAUAAAGAUGUGCAGUUUAGUUCAUAAAAACAUGUGCUAUAUUAUACAUCACCAAGUUUGGGAGGACUUACACCAGAGCUACAAUCCCAGUGUACUAGGUAUUCUACAUAAUCACAGAUAAAUACCGCCACCCUCAAACACUAACAGUGUAGAGGGAGAAGGAGAAAAGCAGAAACAUCCAAGAUGACAAAGAGCUCAAAAUACAACUCAGGCUACCUUUGAUCCAGUCCACUGCAUUGCACAAGUUUUAUGCUGUAACAUUUAAACCAUCAGCAAAAAUCACAAGUGUAACUCUGAAUUUUACAUUACCUUUGAUUCUAGCAGUUUGAUUGGACACUUAGAGGAUUAUGAAGGUUUUUAAUUUUGCUUGCGUGUUUCUUAGCAAGGAGAGGAAAAGAAGAUAGUGUUGAAAGCCAAGGUUGGAGGUCAAUUUUGGCCAGCAGGCCAAGUGUUCUAUAGCCAUAAGGUCAUUAAGACAGAUACUACCGGAAAACUAGUGUCUCUGACAAUUAAUUUCCGAUGGUAAGUGUUGGAUGCAGUUAGUGAAUGAGUCCCAACGUUGUUCUUGGCCAGUAGGUAUAAUCUACUGGUUGCUGGUAGACACAUUUGAGUAUCCUGGCACUCAGGAGACAGCCACCUUUUAUCCUGCCUCUAUUUCUUGAAACAUUUAUAGAAUGUAUGUAAAUUAGGCUUGAACACUUCAGAGGGAACUGUAGAAGCCCGUGCAUUUUAGGUUUCCCAUGAAUUAGCCAUGAAGCUGAUGAAAUGCUAAUGCAAUCAAAUGAGAAAACAAUUCCCCUUGCUGUGCUGUUCUUUCUACCAGCCAUCAUGAUUAGUAAAGUCGAAUUGCUAUUUUAACUACAACUUUCAUACAGAGUUCUUCUUCGGUCCAUUUAAAGUCUACAAAAGAGCAAAGGAAAAUUGAAUUGUCCUCUGUUGCAGAGAGGAUUUUAUCAGGUGCUCACAUGUCCUGAGUGUGUAAGGACAACUUUUACGGAGAAAACAAGCUUAUGGAGUUCUGGGUUUCUUAAAACGUUUACUCAUAACAGUCUGGUACAAGACACGGCACUGCAAAACAGUUAUGUAUGCUUGCUAGUAGGCCAGUCCUUAUGCAAGCACUGACAGAGCUAAUUAAGAAAACAAAUUUCUUUUGUGUACAUGCUAGAAGCAAAUUGCCUUUGGAAUAAAGCCAGGCACAACUCCACCAUCCACACAAGUCUGAGUCAAACUGCAGUUACUUCCUCCAUAAUUUUGGUUUCAUGGCUGUUCAAAAAAAGAUUAGGAAUUACACAAUGUACUAUUUUAAAUGAGAAUUUUAAACAUUACCCUCAUUAUCCCUUAAUAAAGGAACAACCUAAGAAUAGCAAAAGAUUUCCCCGUAUUAAGCUUCUGCUAAAAGGCCACAUUAUCAAAUCUAAGAGGAAGGACUACAAAAUAACCAAGUGGGUAAGUGCAAAAUUGGGAUUUCAGCAUUUUCAAUUUUAGCUACAGCUCUGGCAAAUUCUCACAAGGAGUAAAAAGCUGCAUUAAACUCAGUCUCCUGCCAUAUGAAAACAAUCUUUACCUAAGAAGAAUCCUUCCAAAACUGACGUUUUUGGAAACGUGAAUACAUACACUCUUUGGCUGUAUGUAAACACAAAACAAGAAGAAAUCCUAGCAGUGAGUGAGUCAAGCCACACAGAACACUUUACAGAAAUCAAUUCCCUUCAGUUUUCAAUGUCCUCAUUCUAAUGCCGCUUCAUCUCAGUGAGUUGCUGGCAGGGCCACACGCGAUGUUCUUUUAUCGGUAUGCAGAAUCCUUAAGUCUGAUGAAUAAAAACUGCCCCUUCCAGACAGUGAAUACUUUCUCUCUAAGCUGAAAUCCUAGUAAGCCAGGAAGGUACAAUAAAAGCAAGAACAGAGUUAUUUACGUGCUUUCGAUUUGAUAUUAAGGUCGUUUUUUUCUUAACUGUGAGAGGGAAAUAAAUGUUGCCUAUAAUUCCAGUGUUUCAAAUCAAUUAAUUUCAAAUACAAAUUAUCAAGUAUAAGAUAAAAAUCAAUAUUAUUUCUUUCUCUGUGCUUCACAGCAGUAAGCUGGGUGAUUUUUUCCUUGAAGAGCCUGGGUACGUUCAAGAGACAACUCAACUGGCCUCAUGCCACCAAGACUCAGUCCAUUCCUAUUUAAGCUCUAUAAUCACCUCACUACUCACCAGCUCUCACUUUCAGCAACUCUCAUCAUUCUUCCUCUCCAACGUACUUCGGUAUCCUGUCAAUAACUGCUAGUUCACCUUCCCACUACCCAUCCCAUUUUCUACUUCUUUUCUUCCAUCAUUUUAUGCAGGUAUUUUUACUUAGGGUAUUGUUAGCCUUCCUGAUGACAACAGAGACCCUCACACUACUCCGUGUGCUUCAACACCUUUCCAAAAGGUAAGCUACUUAGGCAACAUUAUUUUUAUUUUACGGAUAGGGAGUACAGAUUCAGAAAAAUCUGAGUGACAUUUGAAAAGCAUUUAGAAAGUUUAGAGCUCUUAAUUUUUAGGCUAUUAACAAAUGGAACCGAGACCCUAAGUAAUUUCAUUCUUUUUGAUGC